UUUUGUUGUUUUUUUGGUCAUCCCAAUCCUAUGUUCUUCUUUCUCUGUAGGCUUACCACAUACUCUUCUCUUCCUUACCAAAAAAAAAAAAAAAAACAAAUACAAUUUCAGGCAUCCAAAAAAUAAAUAUACAUAACAACAAAUAGACAACAAUUGUAGGGAAUUGCAGACUAAGUAGGCAUUCCAUCUACUGAAAUCUGAAACUUUCCAAAUUGGAAAAGAACAACAAAGAGAACAGAGGGCAUAUAGAGGAGGAAGAAGAAUAGGCCCUCGGAUUCUAGUACCUCGUACUACUGCCUCCUCUCCGGAUCUCACUGAUUCUUGUUCAAUCGACAAAUUUUUUAUCUGGGAACACAUUUCAUUGUUUCUCUGGGACGUCUAUCGAUCCUAAUCCAGAUUGAUCGUCUCAAGAUCCGGUGAUGUUAGAUAUCAUGGUUUAGAAUCUGUUAAUCUAUUUAAAAUGCAAUCUGAUCUUGGAAAGUUAUUCAUUGGUGGGAUUUCGUGGGACACAACUGAAGAGCAUCUCAAAGAGUAUUUUAGUGCUUAUGGGGAGGUUUUGGAAGCUGUAAUUAUGAAGGAUAGGACUACUGGGCGUGCCCGUGGUUUUGGUUUUAUAGUGUUUGCUGAUCCUACUGUUGCUGAAAGAGUUAUUAAGGAGAAACACAACAUCGAUGGCAGGAUGGUUGAGGCAAAGAAGGCUGUUCCUAGGGAUGACCAGAGCACAAUGAGUCGAAGCAGUAACAGCAUUCAAGGGUCUCCUGGUCCAAGACGCACAAGAAAAAUAUUCAUUGGUGGCCUAGCAUCCACUGUUACAGAAAGUGACUUUAAGAAGUAUUUUGAACAAUUUGGAACAAUCACAGAUGUAGUGGUAAUGUAUGAUCACAACACUCAGCGGCCAAGAGGCUUUGGAUUCAUAACUUAUGAUUCUGAGGAUGCUGUGGACAAAGUAUUGCUGAAGACUUUUCAUGAGCUGAAUGGCAAAAUGGUUGAGGUCAAGCGUGCAGUUCCCAAGGAGUUAUCCCCUGGUCCUAGCCGAAGUCCACUGGGUGGAUACAACUAUGGAAUAAGUAGGAUCAAUAACUUUCUUAAUAGCUAUACACAAACAUACUCUCCAAAUGCAGUUGGAGGGUAUGGAGUCAGGAUGGAUAAUAGGUUCAGCCCUAUGGUUGGUGGUAGAAGUAACUUUGCUCCAUUUGCCUCUGGUUAUGGAAUGGGCCUCAACUUUGAACCUGGAUUGAGCCCGGGAUAUGGAGGAAGUGCAAAUUUCAAUAGUACUUUGAACUAUGGGCGUGGACCAUAUUAUGUUAAUAACUCGAGUAGGUUUGGUGGUCUUGUUGGACUCGAUGGUGGAAAUGGAGGAAACUCUUCAUUUUUUAGUUCAACUCGGGAUUUGUGGGGUAAUGGGGGAUUGAACUAUGGAACCAACUCUAUAAACUCAAACAAUUUUGGGGGAUCUGGGAAUGGUAACCUCGGAGGGGGAGCGAUGAACAACAGAGGAGUUUGGGGUUCAUCUACUUAUUCUGCACAAGGCGGAGGAAAUGUUUCUGGCCAAAGUGGAAAUCUUGGCUAUGGAAGCGCUGAUAACCCUUAUGGUUUGACUGGAGGAACAUAUGGUAGAAAUGUUGCGAUGAAUGGCGGUCCUGCAUCAUCAUAUGCUGCGUCCAAUGGUAGCUAUGACAGGUCUUUUGCUGAUUUUUAUGAUAAUGACUUCAAGUAUACUGAUCCGACUUGGGGUUCUGCAAAUUCAGAGCGAGAUGGACCUGGUUCAUUUGGUUAUGGUCCAGGCAACCCACCCUCUGAGAUGCCUGCUCAAAGCUCUGCAGCUUCUGUUUGUAGUUAUGGUGUUACAAAUAGACAGAAUAGCCGAGGUAUUGGUGGCUAGGAAAUUUUUGGAAUCAGGAUUUAAUGCUUGACAAAGCUUCUUGUAGCAGUGAACCGUGAAUUUUGCAUACUUCCAUAGUAUAUUUAAGUUCAGUGAUUAAAUAGUUGGGAAUCAUUCCAAGAGCUGACUGGAUUGCCUGUUUUAAAGGACGACUAGAGAUAGUAAGUUUUUCAUGAUAUUUUUGUGUUAACCAGUUGAGUUUUAUUUAGGAGUUCCAUUUUUGUCAAGAGUGAGGUGUAAAAUCAGAUUGCGGCAUAUAGUCAGAAAUGUAUCUUGCAUCUCCGGUGAGGCAGUGAUACAUAAGAAACAAUAGACUAGAAAUUUUUCUAGUAAAAUUUAGUUUGUGCUUUGUCUUUUUCACUGUAAUGACUGCAAAGUUGCAGAUUUCUAAAUGUUCUGCUUUAUGGUAUGGUCCAAUUGCGGGGCUUUUGUUU